GAGGGGGAAGAAGCGGAGGUGGAGGGGGAAGAGCCGUCGGCGGCCGCGAGAACAGCGGCGGGGAGAGGCGAGCCCCCGGCGCCGAUUCGCACGGAGAACUGCUCAUGAGGAGAGAUCCAUUUGUUGGGAUGCAAUUAAAAAAAAAAGAAUGAAUCAAAAUAAAACCUCUAAAUGCAAGUACCAGAAAAAUUACAACACAUCUCAGUGAAUUUGCAGGUGGUUGAUCUUUCCUUGUGGGUUGGCAGGCAGUCAUAGGACUGCAAAAUGGGUCUCCGGAUUCACUUUGUUGUUGACCCACAUGGUUGGUGCUGUAUGGGUUUGAUUGUCUUUGUCUGGUUAUACAACUUUGUUUUAAUUCCCAAAAUUGUCCUCUUUCCUCACUAUGAAGAAGGACAUAUUCCAGGCAUAUUAAUAAUAAUAUUCUAUGGCAUUGCCAUAUUUUGUCUGGUUGCCUUAGUGAGGGCCUCAAUAACUGAUCCAGGAAGACUCCCUGAGAACCCAAAGAUCCCACAUGGAGAAAGGGAGUUCUGGGAAUUGUGUAACAAGUGUAAUUUGAUGAGACCAAAGCGUUCCCAUCACUGCAGCCGCUGCGGCCACUGUGUUAGGAGAAUGGAUCAUCACUGUCCAUGGAUUAACAAUUGUGUUGGUGAAGAUAAUCAUUGGCUUUUUCUGCAGUUGUGUUUCUACACUGAACUUCUUACUUGCUAUGCACUGAUGUUUUCUUUCUGCCACUAUUAUUACUUUCUUCCACUAAAAAAGCAUAACUUGGACCUCUUUGUUGUUAGACAUGAAUUGGCCAUAAUGAGACUAGCUGCCUUUAUGGGCAUUACAAUGUUAGUUGGAAUAACUGGACUCUUUUAUACUCAACUAAUUGGCAUCAUCACAGAUACAACAUCUAUUGAAAAGAUGUCAAACUGUUGUGAAGAAAUAUCGAGGCCCCGAAAGCCAUGGCAGCAGACCUUCUCAGAAGUUUUUGGCACUCGUUGGAAGAUCCUGUGGUUUAUUCCUUUCAGGCAGAGGCAACCACUGCGAGUUCCCUACCACUUUGCCAAUCACGUCUAAACAGAUGGAUGGUGGGCACAGAUGGGUCCUCCAUGCUGGAAAUGCGUUACAGGUUUUCUGAUAAUAGAACUAUGACAGUCUUCAAGUCAAUUAAAAUCCACCCACCUAUCUUAAGCAUCAUAAUGUGCCCCAGGCUUUAUUUUAAUAGUGAUCUUGAUCCUGAUGUGGGACUAAUACAUGUUCUAUAUUUAAGUUUUAAAGCAUGUUUACUUUCAAAUUAGCUUUCCACAGGGAUUUCUUUAAAUGCUUUUGUUAUUAAACUCAAAAGGCAGUGAUUAGGAUGAAAUAAUUGUACAUAAUUUCUUUUAGUACUGACAGUGUUACAGAUUUUACUUUAUGGGAAACUUCAGAUGUUUAUUUAAAAUUUUCACCCUUAAGCAGUACUAACCAAAUCUGAAUUUCAUUCUUUAGGUUUUACAGAAGUUGAUACACCUUAUAUGUAAAUUUUCUUUUUCAAAUACAAUUUUAUGUUAUACUUCCUUUUAUAUGUGCUGCAAGAUAUUUUUUAAUGCAGCAUAUAGGAUUGAACAACAACAAAAAAGCAAAAAUAGAAACAAAAAAGGACAGUGUUUUCUUAGAAGUGGCUUUCUAAUGUUUUUUUUUCUUUUCACCAAAAACAAAAUAAAAACACCACUGAAGUAAAACACCAACUACCUACCUUAUUUUAAAGGAAAGAUUCAUUUUUUUUCACAUUAACUUUCCCAUUUCUUUCCCCUGUACUGUUGUAAUUAUUGAUUUUUGUUAAAAUAUUUGCUCCAAGGGGAAAUUUUUGACCAAACAGGCAUGUGUUCCUAUUUUACCCUAAGAUUUUUAUUAGCAAAAAGGGUAAAGAAUUUGCAAUAAUUCCACUGAUACCUUUUCUAGUGUGUUUAUGUUAGAAUGCAUAUGUUUUUAAAAUGCUAGUAUAACUAGAUAAUAUAUAAUGUAUAGUAUAAAGAAGAAUAUUGUGCUUUUAAAAAAAUAUGUAUACUUUUUACUUUUGUUUACCUACUAGUAGAUCUAAAAUUACACCUUGAAGGUUUUUAUAUAAUAGAUAUUGGCCAACUAAUAUUGAAAUUUUAUUUAUAGGAAGUUACUAGUAAAAGUAAGUAAAUUUUGUGUACCUGUAAUCACCCAGAUUGAAAUUAAAUUGUAAUUGACCAACUAUAAUCUGGAUUGAGAGACCUUUUGUUAGUAGCCAAUGUUAGGAAAUGACCUUAAAAUGAGAAAAUAUAAUAAUCUAUAUUCAUUGUUAGCCUUAUACAAAUUUAAAUUGCUAAUUGUGAUGGUCUCUUGGAAAGCAUAGAAUAUUUGUGUGAGAAAAAAUUUAGCAUGGUUUGAAAAAAAUUCAGUUAAAAAUUUUUUUCCAUUAGAAUACUGCAAAAUCCAUAUAUCUUUAAAAAAAUAAUUAUGUACUCAGCCUUUCCCUUGAAGAGAAGAUUGAAGGGGUAUCUAGUGUUCUUGGAGCAUAUCAAUAUUUUCUUUUUGGUUAGUUUUGGUAGUAAGGAGUCAUACCUGAGAAAUCAUGAAACAGAAGAUUACCAUUGUCAGCUAGUUAACUAUAUUGUGGUUGUAUUUUAGAAAUUAUAAAUAUCUCCUAAAAUAAUAGAAUAAGGUCUACUCAGAGAUACAAGUACCAUGUCUUUCAUGUUCUGAUUACAAUGCUUUAUUAUUUAAAAACUUAGUGGCAGAUGGAAAUAUUUAUUGGUGCUGAUAAGAUUCAUAGUAAAUUUAAUAUAAGAAGUAUAUUUAUAGAGCUUAAUGAACUACAAAAUUAGUACAUAUAUUCAUUCCAGGCAGAUGGGUUGGGUUUUGACCAAAUUUGGCCUGGUGACUGAACUGUUAUAAGGAGUAAUGUAUAGAUAAUGUAGAUAGAUGUCAGUCAGAUGCCUUAUGCUGUAUACAUUCCUUUCAAAUAAGGACACUGAGAAAACAGCAAAGCCAAGUGAAGACCCCCUAAAGAGCUUUAUGGACGUAUUUAUACUUCAUAUGGUAGCAGUAGCUACCUUGAAAAGUACCAGGGAGGUACUCAGUGCCAACCUCUGCCUCAGUAAUGAGAAUCAAAGAUGGUCUCUUUCCCACUCUAAUGGUUUCUGGUUUUGGUUUUCUUAGGUUUCCCACUUCUAGGGCACCUCUUCCCACCUUUCUCUUUACUUUCCCUGAUCCUGAUCCCUCUGUACCUGAUUUCUCUAUAUUACUGGAAUACAAACUAAUGCACUAGGCAAGGCAUAUGUUUAUUUUUGUUUGAGUGGCAGAAAUGCUACAUAUCAAUAUAUUUAUGUAGGAAUCUAUAUAAAGUAUAUCUAUAUAUACUUAUGCUGUAACUUUCAGUAUUUCAAAGUUAGCACACCUAACUGGGUUUUAUGAUUCUUGUUAGACAACUUGAGAGAGAACACCUGGCACUUUCCUAGGGAGUCUAUAAACUCUAGUGUGCUCUCUGCGCCCUCUUUUGGCUAAUUGAUGUAAUUAUACUGGCUCUAGAGAUUUAUUGCCCAAGUGAAAUGUAUACCCAAAUUCUGAACAUUUCAGAGGUACAAACUUAAGGGAAGUCUAUGUACAAAACUGUAAGGUUUUAUGAAAAUGAAUGUGUUCCUAUUUAUGAUUUGAUGUCUGGUUCAUACAUAUAUGACUACUUUGCUUCAUUUAUGUAUAUUCACAUUAUAUUUUUUACUAUCAGACAAAUUUAUAUCAGAUCAGGAUAAAUAAAUAUAAACCAUUUCAUGAAUUUUAUUUUGAACCUUAUUUUGGCAAACUAAGCCCUUAGAAUUAAAAAGUUAUUACCUUAAAAUUACCAAUUUAUUAUAAAACAAAUUUAUCAUAGUUACAAUGGCAAGCCAGUGUCUAAUGUGUUUUACUGAAUAUCUAAAAAAAUACAUUCAGUUUUUUAAUCCCAGUUUUGGAAUGAUUUUUUUUAAACUGAUUCAAUUGCAUUAAAAUAAUAAGAGAUUAAUAAUUCUUUCUAUACUUCUCUUCAUUCUUUUUAACUUUCCUACUGUGAGUUAGAGCUGUAGCUUUAGUAGCCAAUUUAUUAUAUAUUCUGGGUAACCAUGAAAAUAACUAGUGAUGUUGAGCAUUAGAAAAUAAUUAUGAGCAGUGAGAUUACUGAUGUAAUCUGUAUAUUGGAUGAAGUAUUUCCUUAUAAACAUUUCAUUUCAUUUUAAACGAAAUGUAUUUUAAAGGAUGUUUUACAUUCAGCAAAGUCAUUAAUUGGACUUCUGGAAAUGAAAGUAGUUGUUAAGUAGUUGUUAUAAGUUGCACCUCUUGAACAGUUAUGUUUGAUGCUGUUCUUUUCUGCAAACAAAAAUGUUUAUGGGCUCAAGAUUGUAGGCAAAAAGUGACUGUGUUCAGAAUUUUAAAAAUAUUAAGUUAGCUGAUGUUCCAUUGUGAGAAAAAUACGAUUUUGCUUCAGAGUUGUAAAAAUAUUUGUGGUUAACAUAAGAGAUAGGUAUACUUAAAAUAUUAAUAUAUUAAUCUCUUUGAACAGAAGAAAGCGUAGUUUACUUUUAAGUAAUAGAAAUACAGAACAUAAGCAUAAAGUUUACUGUAACAGCUAAGUUAAAACUUCUGUCAGAAUGAACAUCAGUGAAUGUUAGCUAAUGCUUAGAGGUAUUUUUCUCCAAGGAUGGUGGCUAAUUAUAACUUCUUCAUCAGGCUUUUUCAAGUCACUUUCCUAGAAAUAAUUAGUUGAAGGUGUGUCACCCAAAAGGGUGUAUUAAUGCUAAUCAUAAAGACUUGAGUUAGGACAACACCUCCACCCAGGAAGUAUGAAGUAGUUUUGAUUAUAACCACAUACCUUUCUAUGUGUUAGAUAAUGGAGCAGUUUGAAUGUUCUCACAUAUGUUGGUAUAAAAUCACAAUGUAUCCAGCUCUAGUUUACAAUGGUAUUAAUAUUAACAGAGCUGCUAGUCUUUCCCUGGACUUUUCUCUAGUGUCUACUUCCCUUGUGCUUCACGUAUGAAUAGACUACUUAGCUCAAGUUUACUAAACUAUUGCUGCUUCAUUAAAUAAGUUUUUGACAUGACCUC